AUGACAGAUACAAUCUCGGCACUCACAACAGAGCCCGCAGCAACAAAAUUAAAGCGGCUACUUUUACGGUAUUAUCCACCAGGUAUUCUCCUUGAAUAUAAACAGGCAGAUGUACUUAAACUUCGAGCUAUUAAUUUGCUCGACUUUCAUCCACAAAGCGACAUUGACAAAGUAACGCAGGAUAUUAUUGCAUCUGAAAAAAUGAUUCCGUCUUCAAAAGCAGCCCAAGUGUAUGAGCUUUUAUCAAGAGUGCGUGACAAGCAUUCUGUGGCUCGUCUGCCUAAAUACGAACUGGUAAAAACCUUACGGACGCAUUUGAUGCCUCUAACAAACUGCGUAUUCACCAAAUCAGGCGAUCGAUUUAUCACUGGAAGCUAUGAUAGGUUGUGUAAAGUUUGGGACACGGAAACUGGCCUCGAGUUGCAGAGUUUAGAGGGCCACAAGAAUGUGGUGUACGCACUUUCAUUUAAUCAUCCUUUUAGUGACAAAAUUGCAACUGGCUCAUUUGAUAAAACGGCAAAGAUCUGGGACUCAUAUUCAGGAAAAUGUCUGCACACUCUUGGUGGGCAUUCGGAAGAAGUAGUGUGCUUGACUUUUAAUCCAAAUAGUACGCUACUGGCCACUGGUAGCAUGGAUAGUCUUGGAAUUCUUUGGGAUGUUCGAUCGGGGAAUGAAAUCAGACGAUUCAAGGGACAUUCAGGAGAGAUAGUAAGCAUUUCAUUUAAUCAAGAAGGAAGUUUGGCGUUGACAGGAUCUUUUGAUUCUACUUUAAACAUAUGGGAUAUGCGAAGCAAUUCCCCUGCAAUGACACUUAUUGGGCAUCGUGCAGAGAUCUGCAACGCGCAAUUCAACUUUGCUGGAUCGAACAUAUUAAGCGGCUCAAUCGAUAGCACAGCGAGAAUUUGGGAUAUAACUUCUGGAAAAUGCUUGCAUACGAUAAUUGGGCACACUGAUGAAAUUCUAGAUGUAGCAUACAACCUUACGGGGAGUCAAAUUGCAACCGCAUCAACUGAUGGAACUUCACGGCUAUACAAUAGCAAUUGUAUUUUGGAAUGCAAAGUACUUAAAGGCCACACGGGUGAAAUUUCAAAAGUUGUAUUUAAUUCUAUGGGGUCUGUUCUCAUGACAUCUGGUAGCGACGGGACUGCCAGACUUUGGGAUACAUCGUCUGGUGAAUGCAUACAAAAGCUGGGAAAUCACAGCGAUGAGAUAUUUAGUAGUGCGUUUAGCUACGAAGGCGAUCGUAUUGCUACAGGCUCCAAAGAUAAUACAAUCAAUCUUUGGAAGGCGAAUUAUUCAAGCAUGUAAUCUCGAAGGUCUUCUGAACUUAAAUGAUUUGCCCAUUCAAAUAAUACACCAAAGUCGUCCUCG